AUGGCGGCUGUGGAUCCCACAUACCCCCUCUACCCGAUUGCUUGCUUCUUAGCUGCAGCGAUGCUAUUCCUCGUACUGCUGACUAGCUUUGUCCGCCAGAGCUGGAAUCUCGGCGUCGCCUUCCUCUCUUUUUGGCUCUUUUUCGAGGUUCUGACCGCCGGGAUUGAUACUAUCAUAUGGUCAGAUAAUGCCGACAUCAAGCUGUAUGUGUACUGCGACAUCGUAUCACGUCUGCAACAGAUCACUGCAGUUGUCAAACCUAUGGCGACCCUAAUCAUUACUCGCCGACUGUAUCUGAUCACCAGCUUACGAUCCAUAGAGCCUCCUACGAGAGCGGCGAGACGGAGAGAUCUUGCAAUAGAGUGGGUACUGGGUCUGGGUAUCCCUGUCCUCGUCGCAGGACCCCUCUACUACGUUGUUCAGGCUCUUCGAUUCUUGGUCACUGAGGGUUUUGGUUGUGGCAACUAUUCGGACGAAUCGAUACUCAGCAUCUUACUUCUCAAUUCAUGGAGUGUGACUCUUCCCCUGGUGUCGAUCACCGUCUACUAUCCUCAUGUCGCGCUGAGUUUCUAUCGCCAUAGUCGGGAAAUCAACCACUUCCUGCAGAGCAACGGAUCGGUAUCUCGCACAAACUACUUUCGCAUCCUUGCGCUCGCUAGCAUUGAUGUUUUGCUCACCUUACCUAUGGGCAUCGCAACCAUUGUCUUGGCCGUGGAAGCCAAUCUAGCUCUCGGUCCCAUUCCAUUUUACUUUGGUUGGACCUUCGAUCACGAGAACUGGCAGCCGGAGAGCUAUUACUAUGCAGACGUGGUGCUCCAGGGUCCUUUCAAUGUGGCAAGUGUAUACUUCGUCGAGUGGACAUCACCCAUCCUUGCCUUCGUCAUCUUCGCUCUCUUCGGCGUCACCUCGGAGGCACGCGCGUCGUACUGGCGCAUCAUCUGCACCGUGUGCGGCUGGUUCGGAUGGAAGCCGACUCUUCGCGCGCGCAGGGCGCGCUCACCGCUGGGAGACAUCGAGUUUGGCGAACGUGCUGCACAGAACUCUAUGUCGCUGGGUCUCGAGUCGAACCCAAGCUACGUCAACAACGGCGCCGGUGCGCAAGUACAGGGUGAAGGAGAAGUCGCGAACGACGCAAAGAAUGACUCGCAUAAUGAGAAGGAUGCGAUAGAGGAAGUGCGCCGGAGUACUGCUGAGGAGACGCUUGGCGAGCGCCCGACGCGCCCUUCCGCGUCUUCCCAGGCUGGCUUCGGCGAUGCCUCGGCCGAGGUGUAG